AUGAAGAGUCUGGGCUCUGAUUGGACGUUUGCUAGAAGGAACCGUACUUUCGACUGGGUCUUCAUUGUGGAUGAUGACGUUUACGUGGUGGUCGACAACUUAAGGCGCGUGCUGGCCCGCCUUCAUCCCCGAUGGCAGCUGCAGACAGCGGCUUUGGGAUAUGGCAUCACAGGCUGUGUGACGAAGGGCCGUCCGUGUGGCUUUUGCGGUGGUGGUGGCUACGCCUUGAGCGCGAAGGCUGUCCAGGUGCUGCUCGGCGAUGACACGGAGAAGUUCAUGCAUAGGUACAUGAACGACUGUCAGAGAACACGCUACUGCGACGUCACGACAGAGUGUUUGGCUGAGCAGAAUGGCACCAAAGUUUUCAAGAUGCACGGCCUCCACCCCUGGAGGGUCGGAAAUCCGAAAUGGAACUUGACAGCCUUGGAGGGCUUCUUCCAUACUCCCAGUGGCACGCUGAAGGAGUGCCCCAUCAGCUUCCACUACGUGCAAGAGUCGCAGACCAUGCGGGCAGCGCACGAGUUGGCCAAGAGAUGGGAGCACGGUGAACGUGAUGAUGGGGGUUAUUUUGGCGCUGGCGACGAUGAAGACGAGGAUGGUGAUGUUGCUGAUGAUGAUGGCGAUGACCAGGUGGCGGAAAGCUAUCGCCAGGGCAACCACCUGAACUUGGAGUUCGUCGCGCAGGACAUUUUUCGAAUCCGACGUGAAACAUUCAGUGCCAUGUCUAUUUCUCCGCUGCAUGCGGCGAGCACGGAUGGCUCAGAAGCUGUUCGAUAUGAACGCUUUGGCGAGCCAGAAACGACGCGCCGACUUUGGCCAGCCACAGCGGCUGUAGACUGGCUUCCGCCACUACGCCAGCAACUUUCCCAGCGGAAGCAGGGCGGCGAUCGCCUCUGCAGCCUCAAGUGGUGCAGCGAUGGUCUCGCUCUAAGCCUCCUGUCCGGCGAUCGUUUGCUAACGCUGACGACAGUGGGAAGAGAUGCAACCUUCCAGAACCUGAAGCAGAGGCUUCUGAGAGAGCUGAACGCAGAAGACAGAGAUGUGAACUUUCUCCGCGGCGCUGCGGCUGUUGGCCUUGAUGAGCAGAUAGGAGAUCUGAAUGGGGUCGUCUUGCAGCAGCAGGAAGUGCAGCGGAGUGAAGAUGGGUUCAGCUUGCUGCCAUACCAGCGCAGCGCGGUGGAGUAUGCCCUCCAGCGUUCUGGCCGCGUGCUGCUGGGCCACGAGAUGGGGCUCGGUAAGACCGUCAUCGCUCUGGCGGUUUGUGCAAACUACAGGAAGGAUUGGCCUGUUUUGGUCGUGGCACCCACGGUGCUGCUCGACCAGUGGAGCGAUGAGAUUCAGCGAUGGUUGCCGGACAUUCCGGCAGAGGGCGUUCAAGUCGUUCGCAAAGCGAUGCACAUGAAGAAUAGGCAGAAAGUGCCAGUGGAGAUCAAACCGACAGCGAAAUUUGUUUUGGUUUCUUACGGCCUCGUCGUUGGACAGGUGCAGCGCAAGGGUGUUGCAAAAGGUGUGCGUGGCCAAAGCAAUGGCCAUCUACGCGUCGCAGCGAAUGGCCAGCCAUACCGCACAGUGAUCAUCGACGAGGCCCACGCGCUGAAGGAUUUCGGGACGCAGCGAACAAAGACCUUGAUUCCUAUCCUGCACAGAGCUACGCGAGCGAUCUUGAUGACGGGCACACCGCUUGCGAAUGCGUCAGCCGGCGAUAUCCUUCCACUCAUGGCUGCUGUUAUUGGCCACCGCAUUCGAUUGCCACCUGUGGACAAGUGGUGCGCACAUUUCUGUGCCGAGAACAGGCAAUUUAACACAGGAUUUAGGACAAUCAAUCGCUGGAUUGGCGUGAGCAAAGAGCAUGAAGAAGCGCUCUCCGAGCUCUUGCACUUCUUCAUGGUGCGUCGGACGAAGGAAGAGGUGCUUGCAGAGCUGCCCCCGAAAAGGCGCUUGAAGGUGCGCCUCGAGCUGACCCCAUCUGAGAUGGGGCCCGUCACCAAGCAGCAGCAAGCCAUUGCAGCUUUCGAGAAGGCCGCCAAAGAGAAUUCGGAAGGCGAAGAGAUCGACAGUCUGCCCAGCCACGAGAUCAUGAAGGUUUUCAAGCUGCUAGCAGAAGCAAAGCAGGGUGCAGUCUGUGAUUGGUUGCACACCUCGUUUUUUGAUGAGCAGGCGGGGGUGAAGACCAAAGUCUUGAUCUUCGCUCACCACAAGUGCGUCCAUGAGAAGCUGGCGGAGUUUUUCAAGAAGCAGCUCGGCGAGGGCAGCUGCGGCGAUUCGUGGGUCCACCUCACGGGCGAAACGAGUCCUAGCGAGCGGAGCAAGCAGCUGAACAUGUUCAAGUCAGCUGAUCGCUGUCGCUUUGCUGUUCUGGCACUGACAGCAUGUGGCACCGGGCUGAAUCUUGACAUUGCUGACACGUGCAUCUUCGCCGAGUUGUGUUGGACACCCAGCGCGCUCAACCAAGCAGAGUCGAGGAUACACAGGAUGGGGCAGCAAGCCAGACGAGUGCUCGUGUACUAUUUGGUUGCUGGUGUUCGGGGUUCACCUGACGAGAUUAUGUUUAAUGCCCUGGCGACAAAAGCAGAGACCGUCAGCAGGGUUGUCGACCAUGAGCUGGAGAACCCCUCCGCAUUGCGAGACUCGCAACUGCUGACUCCAAAGCGCAAGAGGCGCAGCAGCCACCUAGACGAGGUCGGAGAGACGCCAGAACUGAAGCCGAAGCGUCCCGCUCGCAGGCAGCCGGAGAUGAGUGCAGCCGGAAAACAACUGCGGCUUUGUCCGAUAGUCAGGGCACAUUUUGCAGAGCUGCUAGGUCCGUUCUGCGCGAGUAUCUCGGUGAGUUGUGCAGCGUCUGCCAAGUUGGUCACUAGAAUCCUGCCCGCCUCGGCCAACCUCCGCACAUGCAGGACGAGUAACCGCUCUCCUCCAACUGCAUGCUUUUUGAACACUGAACCUUAG